AUGGAGCAAACCUCUUUUGACUGGGGAGCGCCAUCAAGGCCGGCCCGGAACGCGACUGAGAUCGAAGUGAGGCGUCGAACAUUCUGGUGCAUGUUCUGCUUGGAGAGGCUGCUCGCGAACGGACGUGAUCGGAUCGCGACGCUUGCACUUGAAGACGCCACCACCCACCAACCGAAGACCGACGAGGAUUUUAUCUUUGAGCGUGAUCAGAAGACGGCACGCUUGAAGGAACUGCGCGAAGAAGCCGACGAAGCUGCUUUUGAGAGUCUGCUCUCUCAUACCAUCCGCAUUGUUGACAUUUUGAGCAAGAUUAUGCUCUGGCAAGGGCGUGGCGGUCGCCGUUCCGACCCAAAGUGCCCCUGGCUGCCACUUGCACCCUUCGACACUUACACGAAGUCGCUUUCUCUCUGGAGAAAGCGUCUACCCUCACACUGGGACGUUCAAGUACCAAACAUUUCGCUCGUUGUCGCUGCAGGUCAAGGAAAGUUGUGGGCUCUCAUGUUCAUGUUUUACCUCCAGGCCAAGACGUGUCUCUAUCGAGAAUACCUUCCCUUUACUCCUUCCAGGGACUAUGAUCCCACAGCAGGGCCGUCGGACGAUACACCACUGCUUCCCUCCAACCUCAUGCCUCCGCCCGACUGGUGGGGCAAGUAUACUCUUGAGAUGGUGGAAAACGCGGAGGCUAUCACAUACCUUUUCGAACGCAUGGACGAGCUUGAUCUCGCAACAUGUGUCUACCCUUUCACUGGGCUAGGUCUGUUCACGGCAGCAGGUAUCCAUGUUUUCUUCAGCAUAUUCAAGUUCGAUAAUCUAGAAGGCCUGCUGUCAAAGGAGAGGGCUAGAAGAUCUCUCCAGGUCACCAUGUGUGCUUUCAACACUAUCGGACACUACUGGGACCUCCCUCUCCACUGGAUCCGCCAAAUAUCACUCUACUACAAGCUCAAUCACCUCACCAUGCUCUCCUUGAUUCACGUCGCCGACAUGGCCAUCGACUGGAGAGGAAACCUUCAGGAUGUAAAGGACGGGAUGAUGAAUUACUUACGACAACUCAGCUCUAAAGACCGAGAAACGUCCCGAACCAAUUUCAAGUCCAAGUUCGAUUUUGAUGACUGGCUCGCUACGAUCGAGUCCAGCCCAAGCAGACGUCGAAGCCCAUCAUGCGAGCCUACGAGCCCAGAAUUGAUCCAUGAAGAAGAACAGCAUUACGAGGGGGGCACAUAUGGCAGCCCGAAUUGGAUCGAGCCUUCGGCUACGAGGGCACCGAACCCUGCCUAUUUCAACCCUAUCUUCACAACAGAUCCCUGGGAUGCUCUCAGCCUCGAAGCAACUAGCUGGGACCACCCUGGCGCCACUUUCAUGGGUGUUGAGCUCGCUGAGACCGAGCACAUAUAG